AUGGCCGAAGACUGCGAAACUGCCAGUCAAUCACGGAUAGACAGCGAAAUGGUGCUUCAUGAGGCUUCAUUCAGCGACACUACCUCGAUACAACUGGCCCAAACUUCAAUUCCAGCAUCAUCUCAACGGCCUGCAGACAAUUCCAGUCAAACGCAGACAGAUUUUGACUCUCUAAGAUCGAUCACUGAUAGGGAACGUGACGCUACCACUCAGGGGAUAGUUGAGACCGCGCUGCAUGAUGACACUGACGCUCUCCACUUACUUUUCGAUGCCACUUCUCAACGUACUCCUCGAGAUCGCCAACCAGUUAUUCGCGAAGGUCAAUACCUAUACACAGAUGUUCCGGACAUGUUAGCGAGUCGACAUACUCAUGCCACAGUUGUUAACGCGACACACCCUGAUACGGCUUCUUGGCGGGAAAUGUUCAAGGUGCUGCCUGUUUUACAGGACGACCAAAUCAGGCUCUGGGCACGCUUUCCUCCAUGUAUACAAAGGAUAGUAAGCCCGCAGGAGGUCCUAAUGUACAUUGAAUACUUCUUCGUCGUUCUAAAUAAGCAGAUGCCAAUCAUUAGCGACUGGUUUCACAACAAGUCUCACCAUGAGGUGCUCAUGCGAGAAGAGUCAAUUCUUUGUUACUCAAUACUCACAAUCUCCUCCAGACUUCUGGUACUCCCGGGACACAAUGGACGGUCUCGAGGCUAUCUUCUCCACGACCACUUCUUCAAAUAUGUCCAGGAAGGCAUACAAAGCUUGCUGUGGGGUUUACCUUUAGGUCAACGAAGCGGUAUCUCUGCCGUGGGAGCCAUAGAAUCCCUUAUACUCCUUACACAAUGGGUAGGAUGUUCCCGACUGACCACUUCGAGCAAUUUGGUAUUUACUAGCAGCAGCAACCCCGCAGUCUACACUUGCAGCUCUCUUCCUUCGAUCUAUCACGGUCAGGAAUGGCGCUUCCUGAAUCCGGCUCAGGAUCACAUGAGAGUCAGGAAGAUUUUGAAAAGAGCGCAGCAACAACCAUGGCACUUCGUACUGAUACUAUGUGCUGCGACAGUGGCUGCGGAGAACGGUUUAUAUGACAAGCGACAGAGGAAGCGGGAAGUGCUUGAAAUAUGUCAGAACCAACCAUCUCGAUUGCCUCACAUACAGCAGAUCUUGUACAUUUAUACGUCACAUCUAGUCGGUCGACUAAAGCGCCCUAAUCCUUUGGCAGCUGUAUCCAUCCCAGAUCUGAAAGAGGAAAUCAACGCAGCCAUAGCAAGAAGCUCGGUACGCCACCAGCCUGACUGGCAGCCGGUCCUCAAUGGGUGGUUAGAUCUAGUGGAGCUGGGUCAAGUGGCGAGUCAGGUUUUCUGCAAUCCUUCCCAAAGCACGACUAAGGCGACAAAUGAGGGAAAGUCUCUGACUAUGGUCCGGCAUUUUACUCAGGCCCUUUCUCAGUGGUGGGAGAACUUUGAGACUCUGACCAUGCCCAAAGCUUUCCGGUGCAAUAUGGAAGUGGAGUAUCAGUAUUUAAGGAUACUGAUACAAGCCACCAUUCUACAAUCUCAAUCUAAGCAAGACUCUGCAUCUAUAUCUCGGCAACUUGGCGUCCAGCAUGAGCUGAGUCCGGAUUUGCGAACAUGGUCACAGGAGAUUUCGACCAGUUGCUGCACUGUUUACGAUGUUGUUGCUGAACUUCACGAAAUGGAAGCUCUGAGAGCAAUCACAGCGCCUCUACUGCUUCGUAUUGUCACAGUCUGCAUGUUUGGGCUAAAAGUACUCUUGAUAACUAGAUUUGCAGCUGACAAACUGCUUUCUUCUUUGAUUGGAGCGAUCGUCGCUUUACGAAGUUGUUCCGUUGAUGAUCUACAUCUUGCAAAGUAUUAUGCCCAGCUCCUCGAGCACCUUGUCGAAAUAUCAAAGAUCCGCUGCAUAUCCUCGCAUGAAUCAACUCAUUCAAGGCCUGAUGGCUUCUCAAACGCCACUGAGCAUAUGGAUAAGGAUUUUGAUUCGCAUCACAAAGAGCGUCUCAAUCUAUUUGAUGAUCCAUUUCCUAUCGACUGGGAUGACUGGUUGGCAUAUCAAUUCGAUCCCGCGUUGGCCAACAUGUUUGAGUUUGGCGACAACGAGCAGACUCUUCUUCCGCGUUAG